GUUCUGGACAUGCGCGGGGCGUAGAGCGCUUUAGCCAGAGGGGCUUGAUGGGUUUCUGUCAGUCUUCCCAGACCAGAGCUAUAACAACAAGGCACUUAGUCCUUUCAGCAGCCUCGGUUCUCGCGAGACUUGCUACUCUGCUCCCCCCGCCCCCCACCUUGCGCCUGCGCACAUCUCUUCAAACCAGAAGGUCGCGCUUGGAGGAAGUGUCGGCUUCAGGUCCCGUGGCCGUAGCGCCGUUACUACUUCUGUGAAGCUCCUCUCGGCCGCUUGCCGAGACACCCCGCAGCCAAGAUGCCUCGAAUUAUGAUCAAGGGAGGCGUGUGGAGGAAUACCGAGGAUGAAAUUCUGAAAGCAGCAGUAAUGAAAUAUGGAAAAAACCAGUGGUCUAGGAUUGCCUCACUGCUGCAUAGAAAAUCAGCAAAGCAGUGCAAAGCCAGAUGGUAUGAGUGGCUAGAUCCAAGCAUUAAGAAAACAGAAUGGUCCCGAGAAGAAGAGGAGAAACUAUUGCACUUGGCCAAGUUGAUGCCAACUCAGUGGAGGACCAUUGCGCCAAUCAUUGGAAGAACAGCUGCCCAGUGCUUGGAACACUAUGAGUUUCUUUUGGAUAAAGCUGCACAAAGAGACAAUGAAGAGGAAACGACAGAUGAUCCACGAAAACUUAAACCUGGGGAAAUAGAUCCAAAUCCAGAAACAAAACCAGCACGGCCUGAUCCGAUUGAUAUGGAUGAGGAUGAACUUGAGAUGCUUUCUGAAGCUAGAGCCCGCUUGGCAAAUACUCAGGGAAAGAAAGCCAAGAGGAAAGCAAGAGAGAAACAGUUGGAAGAAGCAAGGCGUCUUGCAGCCCUCCAGAAGAGAAGAGAACUUAGAGCAGCUGGCAUAGAAAUUCAGAAGAAGAGAAAAAAGAAGAGAGGAGUUGAUUAUAAUGCUGAAAUCCCAUUUGAAAAAAAGCCCGCUCUUGGUUUCUAUGAUACUUCUGAGGAAAACUACCAGGCUCUUGAUGCAGAUUUCAGAAAAUUAAGACAACAAGAUCUUGAUGGGGAACUAAGAUCGGAAAAAGAAGGAAGAGACAGAAAAAAAGACAAGCAGCAUUUAAAAAGGAAAAAAGAAUCUGAUUUACCAUCAGCUAUUCUUCAGACUAGUGGUGUUUCUGAAUUUACUAAAAAAAGAAGCAAACUAGUACUCCCUGCCCCUCAGAUUUCAGAUGCAGAACUCCAGGAGGUUGUAAAAGUAGGCCAAGCAAGUGAAAUCGCACGUCAGACCGCUGAGGAAUCUGGCAUAACAAACUCUGCCUCCAGUACGCUUUUGUCUGAGUACAAUGUCACCAACAACAGCAUCGCUCUUAGAACACCUCGUACACCGGCUUCCCAGGACAGAAUUCUGCAGGAAGCUCAGAACCUCAUGGCCCUGACCAAUGUGGACACCCCAUUGAAAGGUGGACUUAAUACCCCUUUGCAUGAGAGCGACUUCUCAGGUGUGACUCCACAGCGGCAGGUUGUACAGACUCCAAACACAGUUCUUUCUACUCCAUUCAGGACUCCUUCUCAUGGAUCUGAAGGGUUGACUCCCCGCAGUGGGACAACUCCCAAACCAGUUAUUAACUCCACCCCGGGUAGAACUCCUCUUCGAGACAAGUUAAACAUUAAUCCCGAGGAUGGAAUGGCAGACUACAGUGAUCCCUCUUAUGUGAAGCAGAUGGAAAGAGAAUCUCGUGAGCAUCUCCGUUUAGGAUUGUUGGGCCUCCCUGCCCCUAAGAAUGACUUUGAGAUUGUUCUGCCAGAAAAUGCUGAGAAGGAGCUGGAAGACCGUGAAAUAGAUGAUACUUAUAUUGAAGAUGCUGCUGAUGUGGAUGCACGAAAGCAGGCUAUACGAGAGGCAGAGCGUGUAAAGGAAAUGAAGCGAAUGCACAAAGCUGUCCAGAAAGAUCUGCCAAGACCAUCAGAAGUAAAUGAAACUAUUCUAAGACCCUUAAAUGUAGAACCACCUCUAACAGACUUACAAAAAAGUGAAGAACUAAUCAAAAAAGAAAUGAUCACAAUGCUUCAUUAUGACCUUCUACAUCACCCUUAUGAACCAUCUGGAAAUAAAAAAGGAAAAACUGUAGGAUUUGGUACUAAUAAUUCAGAGCACAUUGCCUAUCUGGAACAUAACCCUUAUGAAAAGUUCUCCAAAGAAGAGCUGAAAAAGGCCCAGGAUGUUUUGGUACAGGAGAUGGAAGUGGUGAAACAAGGUAUGAGCCACGGAGAACUCUCAAGUGAAGCUUAUAACCAGGUGUGGGAAGAAUGCUACAGUCAAGUUUUGUAUCUUCCUGGGCAGAGCCGCUACACACGGGCCAACUUAGCUAGCAAAAAGGACAGAAUCGAGUCACUUGAAAAGAGGCUUGAGAUAAACAGGGGUCACAUGACAACGGAAGCCAAGAGAGCUGCAAAGAUGGAAAAGAAGAUGAAAAUUUUGCUUGGGGGUUACCAGUCUCGUGCUAUGGGGCUUAUGAAACAGUUGAAUGACUUAUGGGACCAAAUCGAGCAGGCUUACUUGGAGUUACGCACUUUUGAAGAACUCAAGAAACACGAAGAUUCUGCUAUUCCCCGGAGGCUAGAGUGUCUAAAAGAAGAUGUUCAGCGACAACAGGAAAGAGAAAAAGAACUUCAGCAUAGAUAUGCUGAUCUGCUGCUGGAGAAAGAGACUUUAAAGUCCAAAUUCUGAAGCAUAGUUUAUACUCUGUCACAGGAUGAAUUAAUUGCUGGUUUUCAUACUCUGGAAGGCUGAAACUGAUGAUUAUCUUCAUUGACAAAUUUGCCCACGAUCUGUGGUUUUUCAGUUGUUUACUUUAAAUGAUAUUGAUCUUACAUAGUCUAUGUAUAAAGACUUUAACUCCACAAAAUGUUUUAGGGUUUAAAUUAUUAAGAUGAUCAUUCUUUUAGCAGUGUCAUAUUUGCAAAAAUUUUUUUAGUUUUGGCCUUUAAUUUUAAAAGCCUGGUUUUAAAGUGCUGCCUGUGAGUAAACUCUUGAAUAAAAACAAAAUAAAAAAAUUGUGAGUGUA